AUGAAAGUCGUCGCAGUGAGCGGACCGUCGUGUAGUGGCAAGACGACGCUGGUCAAAUACUUGCACCAAAUAUUGCCAGACGCCCACACCAUAUUCGAGGACGAUUUUUAUCUGCCCGACAGCGAGAUCCCAAAAACCAAUGGCUUGGAAAACUGGGACUGUCCAGAGGCAUUUGACCUGGCCAAAAUGGCACAAACGCUCAGCCAUGCCCGCGAAAACGGCACGUUGCCGCCCGAACACAAAAGUAUAGAAGCAGCCAAUGCUAUGGGGCCCGUCCGGCCCUCGCCCGAGGUCGUGGCUCGGCUCAAAGACCGCGUCCAGCACAUCAAAGAGCCUGUGGUUCUUGUGGACGGGAUUAUGCUUUUCCACAAAUCAAGUCCGGUUCUGGACGAGUUCGAUCACAAAAUCGUGUUGUUCACCGACUACGCGACCUUGAAACAACGGCGAGAAAGCCGGUCCGGGUACGUCACCAUCGAAGGGUUUUGGCAGGACCCGCCGGGCUACUUUGACGACAUUGUCUGGCCAGAGUACCUUAAAAACUACGGCUUCCUCUACGAAGGAGAGCCUGGCACAGAACUGAGCAAAGCAGCCCGACAACAGGCGAUUGUCGCCCCGCCGUCGCGUGAGCUCGACGCCCUGCUCACGUGGGCAGUAGAUUUGAUACUAGAAUAG